AUGAACCAGGAGACCUAGCCAAGAAACAAGGCAAACGAGGUACUUGUCCUGGAUACACUGAAAGUAGUUUUCAGUACUUUUUGUGCCUUGCUACUUUGAAGGUUGAGCUUGCCUAACUAAGAUUAUUUAGAAGUUGAAGUUGGUGUACACUAGCUGCAUGUAGGGUUUGCUUGUUUUUGCAUCUCUUGAUGGGUUUCUCAGUGUGUGGAUAUAGUUUUCUGUGUCUUAACAAUAUUUUAAUCGACAAUUCAGUUUUAUUUGAAGUUUCAUACCAUGGCAAAUGUUUAUUUGCUGGUAUUGCCUGUCUAUUAUGUCAUUAACUUCCAACAAAAGUAAAAAACCUUUAACUUUGGUAACUUAUUAGCUAUAGUCACUAAGUUGCAACCUGUCAGAUAGUGACCUUUUGUGAAAUGGGUAUUUCAGAUAUACAUAGAGUAUAAAGUUAUGGAGAAUUUGCUAAAGAAUGAAUUGUUUGUUUCUAGCUUAUUAUAUGGAAGUUAGGUUAGUCCCAAGCGGUCACUCAUAUGAAGUGACAAGUCAUUGUAAAUAAAGGUCUUUGAUGUUAAUGAUGUUAAAGUUUUCCAUCAAGCGAGUGUUGUUGGUAGCUCACUAUAUUUCAGCUCUAGUUUAUUUUCAGUUUUGGGGCUAGAUUUGGAGUAAACACUAGCCUGUACAAUGUUAUCACAAUGUCCUAGGCAAUCAGUAAGCAUAGGAAAUCUGAAAAGAUGCACUGUGUGAUUGCAUUUCUUGCCGUACAUAAUGGGCAUAUUGUGGUUGACUAAAAUUUAAAUGACGUUGAGUGACUUGAGUGAGUUGUUGGUGUAUUGUAAAUCUCAACACUUUUGGUGUCCUUGGUUCUUGCACCCCCCCCAGACCACUCUAUGGCCAAAGACGUGGGAGCAAGAUUGAGAGAGGCUCUGAAAAUGCAGCUGUCCAUCAUCCAUGAGCGUAUAGAGGCCAAAAAGAUAGCCAAGAUGGCACUUGCUGAGGUUAGAAACAUCCUAGCCAAGGAGGAGGAGGAGAAGUUAAUGGACCAGAAGAGAGAGGAGACACGGGCUAAGGCUUGGGAAAGAGUGGAGGCCCGUUUAAAAGAGGAGGAUAUGAGCGUAGAGAGGGAAAUGGAAAAAGCCAAGGAGAGGGCAAAGAAGGAAAGGGAUGACCUGACCGAGAGGGAAGAGGUGAGAAAGCAAAACAAAGAAGAGGAUGAGUGGGGAGAGAACCUAGAGAGGGAGAAUAAAGUCUCUAUGUCAAAGGUGGCAAGUAAGGGGCAUUCAAAGUCCAAAAAGAAGUCAAGCAAGUCCUCGGUUUAGGAGAAGAUGUGAGUUCCUGAUGAAUCUGCGCUGUGAUGAGGACCUGUAGCUGGAGCUGCUCAUCGUGUUGAUGUAAAAAUAUCUUGAAAUGAAUGAGGAAAUCACUCUUAAAGGAAUGUGCCUAUGUCUGUCAACAUAAGGAAAAUUUGACACCGUUUGCAGAGCAUCAAAUGAUUAGCAAUUUUCCUUGUAGUUAAUGUUUUUGUGGCAAUCUUUCAGGAUAAGACAUGAACACAAAAUAUAGUAUUUCAUCUUCUCUCCUGUGUUUACUAUAUAUUUGUCUCACUUAAUUACAUCAACUACUAUUUAAGGAUAAAAAUUCUGUCGAUUGUUAAUAAACCUGAUAAAUCUGAAAUUGCAGCCCUUUUUUGUGGAUUUGAAAAACACGGUCAUACUUAUUAGCAAAGUUACAUUGUGGUUUUCAACAACAGAAACCUAGCUGUGAAUCUGAUUUGAAGUAUGUGUGUGAGUACGUGUGUGUAUGCCUGAAACCUGAAUUUCCUAUCACCUAUCCUUUCCCUCACAUCUACACAUUUAAGGCACUGCUUUACAAUAUAGCUCUAGAACAAAAAGUAAAUUAAGUCUGUCUUAGUGGUCAAAGGUUGAAAAUAAGGUUGGACUUAUAUUAUUCAUUAAAGUUGUAGUUUGCAAAACUGUGUCUUUAUAAUAUUAAUGUGUUGGGUAUUGCAAUGUAAGAUUGAUUAAUUUUCUAAUUUAUUUAAGAUUUUUUUUUUGUGGGAUGGGGGAGGCAAUAAACCUGCCUUUUUGGAUUGUUGGAAAUAAGUAAUCUAAAAAUAGUCAUGUUUCAUUUCCAUAUCAAGCAGAAUUUCUUGUCAUAUAAGUUGUUGAUAUGUAAUAAUAACAAUGUAUAACAAUGUUUUGUACCGAUUUCACCUAUUUUUAAAAUGGGGAAAAUUGAAUAUUGCCUUACACUUUUA